AUGAGCUCAAUGCGGGUGGUGGUGGUGGAUGCGCCCACCCGUGCCAGUGUGCCCGUCCAGAGGCACAGGGCGUCCUUCAGGGGGGCACGGUCAUCGUCCUCCUCCCUGGAGAGCCCCCCGGCCUCCAGGACCAGUGCCAUGGGCGGCCUGGGUGCCCGCGUGACCCGCCGCGCCCUGGGCAUCAGCAGUGUCUUUCUGCAGGGGCUGCGGAGCUCGGGCCUGGCCUCUGCGUCUGCUCCCGGCCUGGGGAGGGACCUGGACGCCGCCGAGGACCUGGGGGGCUGCCUGGUGGGGUACAUGGCCCAGGUGCAUGCCCUCGAGCAGGUGAGCCGGGAGCUGGAAGCCCAGCUGCGGAGGCACCUGGAGAGCAAGGCCGGGCGCGCGGAGCAGUGGGGUGCCCUCAGGGCCUCCUGGGCCAGCAGCUGCCAGCAGGUGGGUGAGGCUGUUUUGGAAAACGCCCGGCUCAUGCUGCAGACAGAGAACAUCCAGGCGGGUGCAGAUGCCUUCAAAGACAGAUAUGGAAAUGAGCAGUCAUUUCGAAAGGCAGUGGAAGAGGAAAUUAACUCUCUCUAUAAAGUCAUCGACGAAGCUAAUUUGACAACAAUGGACCUGGAAAGUCAAAUAGAAAGCCUGAAAGAAGAGCGUGGCUUUCUGUCAAGGAGCUAUGAAGAGGAUGUGAAAGCGCUGUGUCAGCAGCUGGCAGUGUCUGAGCUGGAACAGGUGGACGUGCCCCAGGGCACUGGUCUGGACGCCAUCCUGGAGACAAUCAGAAUUCACUGGGAGAGAGAUGUCGAGAAGAGCUGGAUGGAAGCAGGAGCCUUGCUCCAAGCCAAGCAGGCGGCCCGAGGGCAGAGCGCAGAGGAGCGGCUAGCGGCUGCCCGCCGGGCGGAGCUGCAGGGCGCCACGUGCCAAACGCAGAGCCUGCAGGCGGAGACCGAGUCCCUGCGGGCCCUGAAACGAGGCCUGGAGAACACGUUGCAGGACGCCAAGCACUGGCAUGACCUGGAGCUGCAGAACCUGGGCGCCGUGGUCCGCAGGCUGGAGGCGGAGCUCCAGGAGAUGCGGGAGGAGGCGGAGCGGCAGCAGCAGACCCGCGAGCAUCUGCUGGCGCACAGGUGCCAGCUGCAGAGGGACGUGGCAUCCUGCCACGAUUUGCUGGACAGGGAGGAGAGCCGCUAG